AUACUUUUUUUCAGAAAAAAAUGAUUUGGAAAGUCUAUUUUUUUAGUGGACUUUCUAAAAUAAAAUUAACUUUACUCCUGAAUUUUAAAAUCAACAUGGAUCACAAUACUACAAUGGCUGCACUUCAAUGGUUCAUCCAAAGAAAGAGACAAAACGAUGCUUUGUUUGAUUUAUUGUUGGAGCUUGAUGAAGAAGAGGAUACCAAUGUCUCCAAGAAGCGACAACGUAAAAGAAACAAGGAGAACUUUCGUCAUCUCGGAGAAGAGAAUCUUCAACGAGAUUACUUUCGCGAAGAUCCCGUCGAAGAUGAAGCUACAUUUCGACGCAGAUUCAGAAUGAGUCGUAGAUUGUACGAAAGAGUCAAGGAGUGUGAUGUUUGGGUUGUGAAUGAAGAUAUAAUAGAAGAUAGAAAGAAAACAAAGAAAUACAGUGAGACUGUUCAGUACUUCUUUAUUACAAAAACAAUUUGA